AAUAUUGGUUGGUCAUUGUUUAAAAAUAUUCUAGUGUAUAAAUCAGAUGCUUUAAUAAAAUUAUACUAUAGAAUGGCAACGAAUUUAGUGGUUUUGGCUCCAAAUGGGAGAAGACAACCAGUAAAAGUUACACCAAAUACAACUAUCUUACAGAUAAUUGAGGAGGCUUGUUCAAAACAGGGUUUCAAUCCAGAAGAAUAUGAUAUCAAACAUCAUAGAAAGAUAUUGGAUACAACAACAAUUGUUAGAUUUUCUGGUUUGCCCAAUAAUGCACUAUUAGAAUUAACUGAAGCUCAAACUGUAAGAAAAGAAACUGAGGUUGUUUUGGGCCUCCAAAUGGAAGAUGGUAGCAGAGUAAUGGGCAACUUCUUCCCUACAAACAAUCUGUGGGAUGUACUAAGCAAACUAUGUCCAAAUAUUUUAAUAUCUGGUAAAGAGUUUGUAAUAAUUUAUAUGAGGCAAGAAUUGUAUGGUGAUCAGAAGUUAAAGGAGACAGAUCUAAAAUCACUUGGUAUAACUGGUGGCAGAGCUAUGCUAAGAAUAAUUCAACGUUCCCCAGAGCAGUUAAAAACUCAAGCCAAUAUCUCUUCACCUUUACCUUCUAAACCCACAGAAGAGAAACCCUAUAUCAGGCAGAUUCAAAGAAUUCCAAGUCCUGAGAGACCAUCUCAGGAUGUACCAAAGCCUGAUGAAGGUAGUACAACCCAAAAAGAGGAGUAUAAAGAAACUAAUGAAGAUGAAUCGAAGCCACCUCAGAUGCAGAAAAAAGUUGCUAACAUUAAUCCAAUAAGCUUUAUUAAACUGGAAAAACGUAAAGCUACACAUGGAUUGAAAACUAAAAAUCAAUCUCAGCAAAAUGCAAAAACUCUUAAGCAUUCAGCUGAAGACUUCAUUUUUUUGGGAGAACGUAAUGCCAUGUUAUUUUCUUUGGAAACUGCAAAGACUGUUAGAAGCGAUGAUUUGCCUGACGAUUUCUUCGAGUUAUCUAUUUCAGAUAUCAAAAGUUUAUUCAAAGAUAUAAAGAAGCAGAGGUUGGAAUUGAAUGAUAAUCCAUUAAUGACUUCAGCUAUGCGAGAAUUAGAAGAAUCUAAAAAACAGUUACGUCAAUUAAAUCAUUAUAAGAGGGCUAUUAUAAGAAUUCAGUUUCCUAGUCAUCACGUCUUGCAGGGUAUCUUUACACCUAUCGAAACCAUUGAAGACGUUAUGAAUUUUGUUAAAGAUUAUCUUGAGGAUACGGCCCUAGAUUUUUAUUUGUUUACCACCCCUCCAAAGGAAGUUUUAACAAAGUCAUCCAGAUUAAUCGAAAUUAAUUGCGUUCCCGGUGCUUUGUUACACUUUGGUUCUGAUGUGAAACGUGAUACUUACAUAAAAAGUGAUCUGCUGACUAAGUUAACUAGUCCUUCUAUUGCUUCAUGCGCCGCGAAUACAUUUAGGGAUGAAAACACAAGGAUGAUUCAAGAUGAACCAGAAGAAGAUAUCGACUUGAAAGAACUGAUUGCUAUGGACACUACUGAUGUGAAUGUUGGCGCUAGCACUAGCGCUAAAGAAUACGAGGAUUACGACAACAAAUCACCAAUUAAGAAAGUUGAGCCCACCGAAAAAGUUCCGAAAUGGUUCAAACAAGCUAAAUAAGCAUUUUUGUUUUAAAUAUG